AUGAUUUUAGUGAAAAGUUUUAUAUUUCUUAUUGCUAACAUUUUAAAUUUUUGUUUCUCUCAAUUUUUACCUUCAUCAAUAAAUUCAAUUCAACCAGGUCAAGGUCAAAAUGAAAAAUUACCCCGAAACUUUGAUUUUAAUCCAUUUAACAUUCAAAAAAAUGAUCCAAUUGGUGCAGGAAAUAAUUAUUAUCCACAAUUUUCUCCAAAUACUCCAUUCAUUAAUCAGGAGACACUUUUUAAUGGUAAAUAUAAUCCUAUUGGAAAAACAAAUUUCUUUGAACCAUCCUUAAAUUUACAUGGUUCACAGGAUGAUUCUUCAAAAAAUGAUGAUAAAGAAUAUAAUAUAUAUAAAAAUAAUGUUCAUGAUCAUAAAGAUGAUAUUUUAUCAAUGAAAGCAAAUAUCUUAUCUGAUAAUAAUUAUAAUUUAACAAAAAAUAUUAAUGUCAAUGAAAAAGAUUUUGAAAAUAGAUCAUUUGAUUUGGAGGAAAAUAAAAGUAUUCCUUCUAAAAAUUUAACGGGAUUUUUUCCCUAUGAAUUUGAGAAAGAUUAUAAACUUAAAAAUGAAACACAAUUUAUGAAAAAAAAAGAUAUGCCAAAUUCGGGGUUUCAUUUACCUUACAAACCAUUGUUUCCAAUAUUUAAUAAAAAAAAUUUAGAGGAAAUACCAUCAGGAGAAAAAAAUAAUUUUCCUGUACCAUCAAAAUUUAAUUCAUUGCCAGUUCCUGUCAAUGAACAAAAUGUGGUAAAAAAAUAUGAUAAUGAUAUAACAGGUGUAAAUAAUGAGAUUAAAAAUUUUAAAUCAACUAAUUAUGAAAAAAAUAUUGUUGAAAAAAAAGUAAAUAAUUUAAAUAUUAAUGAAAAUAACAAAACUUUAUCUAAUGAUUUGUUUGGAGUGGAAGAAAGUCACGAUAUAAAACCUAAUAAAAGUGGUAUACCUGGAUUUCCACCAUUUCCUUUUGGAGAUUCUUUUAAUCCACCAAAUAUGAAAACAAAUUAUCCACCUCCUGGUUCUUCACCAUUUACCUCACCUCAAAAUAAAAAUGGUCCACCUAAUUUUGUUAAUUUUCCAAACUUUCCACAAUUCAAUUUUAAUAAUAUUAACAAUCCUUUUUCAAAUACCUUCUUACAACCAUCUAAAAAUGACCAAUCAAAAUUUACCACCAGAAAUUAA